ACUUUUAGAUGAAGUGUAAAGUAGAAGUGGUUUAUUUGUUUAACCACAUGUUGUAAAAUAUGGAAAUUCGUUAAGAGAAAGAUAUGAAAGAUGAGAUUCAUAAUGGACGUACUGCUUUCGUUUCUUAUCGUGUAUUUGAUCAGCAAUCAAGUGGAGGCCAGUCUUAAUCAGAAAGUUUAUGCCUUUGACCAGAGGAAGUACUGUCCAGAAAAUGGCGCCCACACACAGUCCUUGACCUUAACUGACGAGGUCAUCCUCCUAGCCAAAUCUAGAUCAGACUCCUUCUUUGUUGACAAAUUUAAAAGCAUUUUUAAUAAAAGGGUGACAGACUGUGAAAUGAAAUUUAUGACUUCCUCUUUGGAUUCCAACACGAAACAAGCCCUGCAGAUUGAGUUUGAGAGUUUUAACAUUGCCAAGGGUGCAUGUGAUGUCUCACUCCAGCUUCAUCAAAGUUCCACACAGUUUUUUACUAAAGAUGUAAAAGAAAUGGCAAUCUUGACCUGUGGGAGUCCCAAACCUCCGACUUUAUUUACCGAGGAAGGAUACGUAGUCCGCUUCCAAUUCAGGAGACCCGACAAUGACGAGGAUUAUUACAAUUUUAGGAUCAGCAUUAAGCGUUCAGAUGGUGCUGUGAAGGAGAAGGGCAUAUCUGUCGGGGUAAAAAUUGGAGUUACCGUCAUAUCUGUUGCGGCGGCCAUUACAAUUUUGCUUCUGGUGUACAAGUUUGUUAAACUUCGAUGUGAGACCAAAGACAUUGAAAACAUGGCAGCAAACUCACGUAAUGGAAGUCAGCAUGGGAGUGAUUCAGAUGAGAUGGAACACUUACGAGACCACGACGACAAUAAUUUUGUUAUGACUGACUUUCCGUAUGCUAACAUGCCUAUAGUCAUCCUGAAUGGGGAUGAAGCUCCCCCAGAUUACAAAGACGUAGCCCCGCCAGCUUACGAGGAAGCACUACAGAUGCCUAAAGCAACUGAAGAGGCAACAUACAGCAACAUGGGCACUAUAAGCAAUCAAAGUGAGGUAAAUCUUAGCAGGAACCAAGCAACCAGUCAAAACAGUCUCUCAGGCAACAUGGAGUCCACAACAAAUCAAUCAAACAGCAACAUGGAGUCCACAACAAAUCAAUCAAACAGCAACAUGGAGGAGGAUUCAAGUCCACCAGAUCUGGUCAGCAACACAGAGCAACCAACAAGUCAAACAAAUAUAGCAUCUAACUUGCAACCAAAAGCAAAUCAUUCCUCAUAGCAAGUCAUUGUUAGACUAAUGUCAGGCAUUCAUCCGAUGAAUCUAGUCGGUGUACUUUGACCAAUGUGUGAUUGUAGCACCAUGCAGAUAUAAUAUUACUCAUAAUAUUUCUUAUGCAAAAAAAUUCUUUUUCCGAAGUAUUUCAUAGUGUUUUAUUGUGAUAAUAAUUAGGAUGUAGUAUUCGUUGAAGGAGUACACAAUAUGCAUGACUGUAUAGUCCACAGACUCCCUCAUUUCUGGAAAAAAAGUAUUAGUGUCUAUAAUGAACAUGUACUCUACUGAAUUUCUCUAAUUUAUUCUCUUGUUCCAGCACUUAAUGGGUAGACUUGCUGGUGGCAGCAUUCUUUUCCAUUCAAGAAUACUAAAAAUAAAUAUUAUAUACAUGUAACUGCUCAUUUUAAAGGACAAGAAUUAUUUCAGAAAUAAUAAAAACAUCAUUUCUUUACCUCCAUGCAUUACCAUACUAUUGUAUACAGGAAUAUUUUCGCCCAGAUUUAUUUUUGGCCUUUUACACUAACAAACAAUUUUGCACCCAUUUCAAAUUCACCUAGACCCAGUUGUUUUAAAGAGUAAAUGCUGUCUUUCAUGAAUUCACCCCAUUUCAAAUUUGCCCACUUGUGACAAGGGCGAUAAAG